AUGCCAAAGUGGUCGCCCUCGAGGUUCCACCGCUACCGGGCACGUCUGUUUUCUCUACUAUUCGCUUACACACUAGCACUUGUUGCGUUCGCUGCAGCCCUGCGCGCACUUUCCCUUAGGGGCUUCUCUAAGACCCCAUUUCCCGCCCAAAAGGCACCAGUCUCGUUGCUCAUUAUAGUUUUAGGUUAUAAUCGACCGUUGGCGCUUCGGAGGCUCUUAGAGUCGCUAGCCAAAGUCAACUGGCUGCAAACUCGUAUAGACUUGAGAGUUUGGAUCGAUGCUGGGGAUAUUGCGGCUUCCUACGACGUAGCUAAGGGCUUCCAUUGGGACCACGGCCAGAAAAUUGUUCGCCAACGUCUGAGGCACCACGGCCUGUGCGGGUCCUGGCUGAACGCCUGGCCAGCCUGGGACACGCACGAGUAUGCCCUGAUACUGGAGGAUGAUCUAGAGGUCCACCCACAAAUUUUCGAAGUUUUCCAAUACCUGAUUGCAAAGGGCGUUCGGGCGAACGCUUCUGGCUUUAUACUGGAAAAGCUUGCCGAGGUUCCCUGUGGGUCUCUUGUUCAUUACGCUUCCAGCUGGGCCCCCGUUUUCUCGCGCCGCCUUUUCCAGGACUUCGCGCGCUGGUACGAUUCACGUCGAAAAUGCGCCCCAGACUUUAGACCUUUCAUUCGCGGCCAUGAUGAAACGUACAACCUUUGGAUUCGGGAGCAUCGCGACGUAUGGUCACCAUGGCUCCGGAGAUUUCUCUUCGAACGCGGCAUCGCUCUUACGUAUCUGGGUUCUCUCGAUCUGGUGCAUAAUCAUCAGGAGCGAGGUUCCAGUCGAAAGGGUGCUUCUCCUUUCUUCAUUCGCACAGUUGAUUGGAGGCAUAUCGAAUUGGAUCUAAUUGACACCUGCGUCGUGAGAGAGCCGCCUGUGUACGAGUGCUUCCUGAAAGCGAGCAAACAUUUUUGCACGCGUUUAGACGGCAAUCGAAGCUCUCUUGUAGACCGAGGCUGGAUCGAGUUUUUGACGGACAAACUCUGGAUCUGCUCACCAUCGGCCCCGUCUGUAAAGGCGAAAUGA